GAUUUAUCUACAAAGUAUUCCAACCAGACCAGCGUGAAGAAGGAAUCGGUAGCGACGAUGUACUGAGGCGAUUGUCACCUGCCUCCUCAACCUCAUCCCCAGCUCUAUAGUCCUUUUCCAUCGUCUGCGUUCAGUCUGCCCCGGGCGGACCGAUCAAACAGGAUGAACCCGAUCGGGCAGCUGGCCGGACGGACGUUUGGUCCUGCGGCGCGCGGUCUGGUCCGCGGCUGCUGUGUAUCUGUACCACUACUGUCACCACUUCUUGUAACACCAACAUCAUCGUCAUCUUUUGGCUCAUCGACGCCGGCUUGUUUUUCUUCUUCAUCAUCCUUGUACAACAUUGGCUUCAGACGCCACUUCUCGAAUACGUCUGUCUUCAAGGCAGCAGCUUCCACCACGUCUACGUCUAAUGCUCUCUGGUCCUCGGCUCCCAAUGUUGGACGGAUUGCUCGCGAUGCCUUCAUUGCGAGCUACCGCCGACCUUCUUCCUUCCCCGCACCCGUUUCCCACCGCAACUACUGCUCGACAAUCACCACAUCCGACAAGGCACUGUACGCCAGCAGAGUCGGCAACAUGGCUGAUCGCGAAGUUCUCCCCGAGUCGAUUCGGCCCUCCCACUACGUUCUGUCCCUCCGUGACCUCAACUUCAAGGACUGGACUUACAAGGGAACCGUGACCAUCGACGCCGAGGUUGUCAAGCCUACCAAGGAAAUCGUCCUCAACGCCCUCGAAAUCAAGCUGCUCAGCGCAAAGAUCGCUGUCGGCCACACCAAGUCGACGCAAUCAUGGGAGUCCACCAACUUCAGCUAUGGCGAGAAGCAGCAGCGCGCUACCGUCACCUUUGACGAGGAGAUUCCCCAGGCGCAAAAGGCUGUUCUAACCAUUGAGUUUGAGGGCAUUAUCAACAACGAGAUGGCUGGUUUCUACCGCAGCAAGUACAAGCCCGCCGCCGAGCCCGCCAAGUCUGUUCCCCGCGACGACGAGUGGCACUACAUGUUCAGCACACAGUUCGAGUCUUGCGACGCCCGUCGGGCCUUCCCCUGUUUCGACGAGCCUAACCUCAAGGCCACCUUUGACUUUGAGAUUGAGAUCCCCGACGAUCAGGUCGCCCUUAGCAACAUGCCCGUCAAGGACACCAAGAAGACCAAGGAGGGCUGGCAGCUGGUUUCCUUUGAGACCAGCCCCAAGAUGUCCACAUACCUCCUUGCCUGGGCCGUUGGUGACUUCGAGUACGUCGAGGAGUUCACCGAGCGCCGCUACAACGGCAAGCAGCUGCCCGUCCGUGUCUACACCACCCGUGGCCUGAAGGAGCAGGGUCGUUAUGCUCUGUGGCACGCGCCCCGCAUCAUCGACUUCUUCUCCGACAUCUUCGGCAUCGAGUACCCCUUGCCCAAGGCCGACUUGUUGGCCGUCCACGAGUUCACUCACGGAGCCAUGGAGAACUGGGGUCUCGUCACCUACCGCACUACCGCCGUGCUCUUCGACGAGAAGACGUCCGAGGCCAGGUACCGCAACCGUGUCGCUUACGUUGUCGCUCACGAGCUGGCUCACCAGUGGUUCGGCAACCUAGUCACCAUGGACUGGUGGGAUGAGCUGUGGUUGAACGAGGGUUUCGCCACCUGGGUUGGAUGGCAUGCGACAGACUACCUGCACCCCGAAUGGCAGGUUUGGUCUCAGUUUGUCAACGAGGGUAUGGAGAUGGCCUUCAAGCUUGAUGGCAUCAGAGCCAGUCACGCCAUCCACGUGCCUGUCAAGGACGCCCUUGACGUCAACCAGAUUUUCGACCACAUCAGCUACCUCAAGGGUUGCUCGGCUAUUCGCAUGCUCGCCAACCACCUUGGUGUCGAGACCUUCCUCAAGGGUGUCUCCAACUACCUGAAGGCCCACCAGUACGGCAACGCCAAGACCAAGGCGUUGUGGGAUGCCCUCACUGAGGCGUCCGGUAAGGACGUCAACAAGCUCAUGGGCCCCUGGAUUUCCAAGAUUGGCCACCCCGUUCUGACCGUCGCCGAGGAGCCCGGCCAGAUCUCUGUCAAGCAGUCUCGUUUCCUUUCCACUGGCGACGUCAAGCCCGAGGACGACGAGACCACCUGGUGGAUUCCCCUUGAGAUUGAGGGCAAGGUCGGCACCAAGGGCGUCACCUCGCUGUCUCUCGAGAAGAAGGAGGACACAAUCCGUGAUAUCGAUACGGACUUUUACAAGCUCAACUCUGGAUCUUCCGGUUUCUACCGUGUCAACUAUCCCCCUGAGCGUCUUCUGAAGCUCGGACAGCAGCUUGAUCGCCUCACCACCGAGGACAAGAUUGCUAUCAUCGGCUCCUCCGCCGACCUUGCCUUCUCUGGCUACGGCACCACCGCGGCUCUUCUGUCCUUCGUCCAAGGCUUCGCCAAGGAGGACAACUACCUCGUGUGGAGUCAGGUCCUUGACUCUAUCGCACUUGUCAAGUCCAUCUUCAGCGAUGACGAGACAAUCAAGAAGGGUCUGGAGACUUUCACAUUGAAGCUUAUCAACGACGUCGUGGCCAAGAUGGGCUGGGAAUUCCCCGAGGGCGAGAGCUACCUUGACGGACUUCUCCGCAAGAGAGUCCUCUUGACUGCUGGUGUCAACGGCCAUGCUGGUGUCACCGAGGAGGCCACCAAGCGCUUCAACGCCUGGGUUGAGUCACCCGAGUCCAACCCCCUGCACCCUGCUCUCCGCACGCCCGUCUUCCGCGUCGCCAUCAAGAACGACACGGCCCGUGCCGUCGAGGCCUUGAAGAAGGAGUGGUUCACCACCCCCGCCAUCGACGGCAAGGAGAUCUGCCUCUCCAACCUUGGUUUCGUCCGCGAUGAGGACAUCAUCAAGAACAACCUGCUUCCCUUCCUCUUCAACAAGUCCCCGCCCGCCCCGGCUUCGGACUCCGUCCCGUCCGCCGACAUGCACUCCCUCGGCUCCGCCCUCGCCGGCAACUCGGUCGCCCGCCAGAUCCAGUGGGACUACGUCAAGAACAACUGGGAGGCCUGCCUCGCCAAGCUCGGCAACCCCAUUGUCGUUGACCGCUUCAUCCAGGUCUCCCUGGGCAAGUUCACCGACUUUGAGUCCGUCAAGGACAUCGAGGCCUUCUUCGCCGACAAGGACACGAGCGCUUUCGCCCGUACCCUCGAGACCGUCAAGGACAAGGUCCGCGGCCGCGCCGCGUACCGCGAGCGUGACGCUGCUAAGCUGAAGGAGUGGCUCGUCGCCAACAAGUAUGCGUGAAUCGAUGGGGAUGAAUUGGCGACACCUGGAGGAGUACAGAAAGGGAAUAUUCCGUCCAAGUUGUAGUCGGUUAGCUGCAGAAUGCUAGUUUUUGUAGAAAAAC